GUAGUUUGGCAACCGUGCUCUCCGCCCUUACAGACAGAGCACUGUGGGAAAGAGCUCUUGAUUUCAUCUCCAUACCUUUCGAGACUUCGCCAGUCAACGCAGGCAUCAGCGCCUGUGAUCGUGGAGGCGUGUGGCAGAAAGCUCUGGGCCUCCUGAGGCUACGAGGCCUGCGCUGCGACGAAGUUGGCCUGGGUGCAGCGCAGAGCGCCGUCGGGAAGUGUGGCGACUGGGCUUCAGCUGUGGCCCUCUUGUGCGAAGGCCGUUUGUCUGCCUUGAGGGUAACGGAAGUGUCAUUUGCGGCUGCGCUAGCUUCCGGCCGAGAAGUCUGGAAGGUCGCUGUGUCAUUGCAGGGCUGGGCUGCGAAGCAAAGCCUGGAGGUCGGUGCCCUAGCCCGCCUGGCACUGCUUGCCGCCACGGGUGCCGCGGGGGUGUGGACCCACGCCUUGGCUUUGUGGCCUACCUCCCUAGGCCCCGCAGGCGACACGGCACUUCGCAGUUCGAACGCGGCCAUUUCGGCCUGCGCUCUGUCGGUGGCCUGGCGCUGGGCCGUCCGACUUCUGGGCGAGGUCGGAAAGUCGAGGUUGGUGCAGACAGCCAUCACACAGCAAGGGGCGCUCACGGCGUUUGAGGCAUCUGGCCAGCGACAGCAAGCGCUGCUUGUCCUGGAG